AUGGGCAAGGAAUAUGGAUCUUUGGCUGCUAUUUCUUGUUUUUCCUGUCCGGACAGAAUCGCAUAUCCUCGGGAUUGUCCGUUUGUAACAGUGUGCGGGGAUCACGAGAUUUGUUACGUUGACCAGUUCAUAACGCCAGACGGACAUAUUUUCUACAGGAGUGGUUGUCGGUCAAAAUCUAUUUGUGGACUGAGUGGUAAGCGUGACGUCCCCUUAGAAAGGAGACAAGUUGGGGUGGGGGGAGAGAUCAAAACAUGUGAGGAAUGCUGCAACUCUGACCACUGCAAUUACGGGGGGUGUGGACAACCUGCCCUCCCACCUAUGGGCAAAAGAGGACCAAUUUGUUACAAUUGUUUCCAACAACAGUUUGAGGAUGGAUGCAACAAAGUGACUGUGUGUCCCGAAGAUUGUGAAUGUCACAUCAUGCGGGCACCUGGGGUCCACUAUGAUUUGGCCUACACUACAGGGUGUGUACGCAAAUCGAUUAACUGCAGAAUGGAUCUCCUACCACUUCAGACAUGCCAUGCAUCGGGACAUGCUGUGGUUGGUAGAAGUAUGAACGACCACAACUACAACUUUGCCCCCAGAGAAGUGGAGAAACGUGCUGGGUUCUGCUUCACCUGCUGUCCAAACGAUAUGUGUAACCGGAACUGUUCCAUGGCACAUUCUCAUGCGGCUUCAACAACGGCCUUACCAACAUCAACCUCCGUAUCUUCUUCAUUGUCGUCAUCUACAGCAACAACAACCAAUACAACAGCAGCAACAUCAACAACAUCCAAUACAACAACACAGACUACAACAUCAACACAACCCUCUACAACAUCCUCUACAACACCAACUUCAACAUCGACAUCAGCUACAACCUCAGCGACUACUUCGUCAACAACAUCAGCAACAACUAUUAGCACAGUUACCACCACUACAGCAACAAUGACGUCAACAACCACAGCGACACCUAAAUGCCCCGCCGAUUUCCAGCAGUACUUGAACCAUUGCUACUAUUUCUCCACCGAAAUUAAAUAUUGGGGAGAGGCCGGUCAGAUCUGUAAAGUAAAGGGAGGCUACCUAGUAAAGAUUGAAGACCAGCUAGAGGAGAAUUUCAUACGGGGCGCCAUUCAACCUCUAGUAGAUAGUAAUCAAAUGCCAAAUUAUGUGUGGGGAUACUAUAUCGGCGCUCACUUAGUACAGGGACAGUGGCAGUGGAGUGAUGGGGUACCACUCAACUAUACCAACUGGGGAACCAAUGAACCGGACAAUCCGGGGGAGCAGAACUUUGGAUUAGUCUUCCUUCCAGGACAUUACGUGGGAGAUUACAAAUGGGGUAGUCACAAAGAUAUGCAAGGAACAUCGCGUUAUAUAUGUGAAAAAGACCUGAUUUAAUAAAAGUUAGACAAACCUUCAAGGUGGC